AUGGCAUUCCCAUCGUGGUCUUGCAUUCUCAUCUUUAUUUUUCUUAUCGUUUGUCCUACAAAUGGUUUUUAUUUUGCUUCAUCUUCUUUAAACACUGAUAUUAAGAGAAGAGUUUCUACGAGACCAAAUCCAGAGGAACCGCCUGAAUUACCACAUCCAAUACCAUUCGAAAUCAAAAGAAGAGUUCCUACGGGGCCGAAUCCAGAGGAACCACCAGAAUCACCACAUACAGUACCAUUCGAAAUCAAAAGAAAAGUUCCUACGGGGCCGAAUCCAGAAGAACCGCCAGAAUCACCACAUGCAGUACCAUUCGAGAUCAAAAGAAGAGUUCCUACGGGGUCGAAUCCAGAGGAACCACCAGAAUCACCACAUGCAGUACCAUUCGAAAUCAAAAGAAAAGUUCCUACGGGGCCGAAUCCAGAAGAACCGCCAGAAUCACCACAUGCAGUACCAUUCGAGAUCAAAAGAAGAGUUCCUACGGGGCCGAAUCCAGAGGAACCACCAGAAUCACCCCAUGCAGUACCAUUCGAGAUCAAAAGAAGAGUUCCUACGGGGCCGAAUCCAGAAGAACCGCCAAAAUCACCACAUGCAGUACCAUUCGAGAUCAAAAGAAGAAUUCCUACGGGGCCGAAUCCAGAAGAACCGCCAGAAUCACCACAUGUAAUAUCAUUUGAAAUCAAAAGAAAAGUUCCUACAGGGCCGAAUCCGGAAGAACCGCCAGAAUCACCUCAUUCAAUUCCAUUCGAAAUCAAAAGAAGAGUUCCUACAAGGCCGAAUCCGGAAGAACCGCCAGAAUCACCACAUGGAAUACUAUUCGACAACAAGAGAAGUGUUCCAAUUCCUGAAACACCGUACAUCCCACUAGCACUACCGGAAAUAGAAGCAAGCAACAACUGGAGAAUAAGAAUCCCCGAAACUCCAAAACAUCCCGAAAUUAAAUCACCAAAAUCAGGUCCAAAUCCAAGGGAGCCACCUGCAAUAUAUUAG